GCUCGAGGGCACCCGAUGAGCAAGGGGAAAGGCGUUCAUGUGGCUUUGCUCAGCGGGCAGACUGCGGCGCUGCGCAUCGACGCAAGCUGCACCGUCAAUGAACUGAGGAUCCUUGCUCAGGAGGAGCUGGGAAUCCGGAUCUGCGGGCUGGCCAGCAACGGCCAGCUCCUGCGUGGCUCCCUGCUGGUCUUCGACGCCGUGGAGGAGGGCGCGGUGCUGUGCGCGGCGGCGGCGAGCAGCGGGUUCCGCACCUCCGGACGUGGCCCCGGACGCCGGGCGGCCGCCUUCGCGCUGGUCAAGGGCGAUGGGCGAGUGGUCACCUGGGGGCUGCCCAGCUGGGGCGGGGACAGCAGCAUGGUGCAGGAGCAGCUGGUGGACGUGCAGAGCUUGCAAGCCUCGGUCAAGGCCUUUUGCGCGCUGCGCGGGGACGGCACUGUGGUUACCUGGGGCGAUCAGCUCUGGGGCGGCGACUGCUCCAAGGUGGCGGAGGAGCUGUGGGACGUGCAGCAGGUGGAGGCCUCAGACGGCGCCUUCGCGGCUUUGCGCGGGGACGGCCGCGUGGUGACGUGGGGGGACCCCGCGCAGGGCGCAGACUGCCGCCGGGUCCAGGAGCUCUUGGUGGAUGUCCGCUGGCUCAUCGCCGGCAAGGGCGCCUUCGCCGCCUGCGGCGACUGCGGGGUGGUGACCUGGGGCGAUGCCAAGCGGGGCGGCGACUGCUCGGCGGUGAAGCAUGAGUUGACAGAGGUGAGCCAGAUCGAAGCGACCAAGGGCGCCUUUGCGGCCAUCAGGGCGGAUGGAACUGUGGUCACUUGGGGUUACGGCAAGCUGGGCGGAGACAGCAGCGCAGUUCAGGCCGACCUGCGCCAGGUGCUGCAGAUCCGGGGCUCCGAGGGCGCCUUCGCGGCGCUGCGGGCCGAGGGCUCCGUGGUGUGCUGGGGCGAGCCGCGCUCGGGGGGCGACAGCUCCUCAGUGCAGGACCAGCUCCGCGAGGUGGAGCAGAUGCAAGCCACCAGAGGCGCCUUCGCGGCCAUUCGAGCAGAUGGAUCUGUGGUGACGUGGGGCCAUGCAAGGAGAGGCGGCGACAGCAGCUACGUCCAAGAGAGGCUGAGAUCUGUGCGCGCGAUCGAAGCCUCGGGGGGCGCCUUCGCGGCACUUCUGGACGACGGCUCUGUGGUGACCUGGGGUGAGGCCUCGGCAGGCGGCGACAGCCGACCAGUUCAGGACCAGCUGCGUGAGGUGCUGCAAGUCCACGCCUCCGCAGGAGCCUUCGCGGCUUUGCGGGCGGAUGGGGUGGUGGUCACCUGGGGCCACACCCACAUGGGAGGCGACUGCAGCGCAGUCCGGGACCAGCUGCAGCCAGCCUAGUCUUGCUUCAGAAGCCGAAGCUCGAGGGAUCGGAGGUGCAACUCUUCGGAUGAGACGAUCGACGUCGCCUUUGAGAGGCGACUCAUGGCCGCGGAUUGUUCUCACUGGAAGAGUUCCCCGCGUUCCGAUGAAAGGCAACCAGAGCGACGACGGACAGGGCCCGCAGUUCACGCGAGAGCUUGCCCGAAGGCCUCAGCCGUCCCCUGAGGUCCACUGAGUCGGAGUGAAGCGAAUUGCUGGCCGUCGGAAGAAGAUGGCGGCGCCAGGCACUUGUUGUUAUGUGCCUGUGCCAGUUUUUGUUCGGGUCCCGUUAGGUAGUGAGAUUCAUGAGCCAUUUUCAGAGCUUGUCUCGGCAAGCCGUGGCUGUCCACAUAAAAUCGGGCUGAGCGGUGCCCAACUUUGGUGAGGGGCCUUGAGAGAGAUAUUGGUGGCAGUAACCGUCAUCAGUCCACAGCUGUCCUCGAAGAGGCUUUGCUGGAAGUUUGUAACUGGGAGCUCCAGCCCUGCUGGAGCUGGUUCUCUAGGUUUUCCAGCUAGGUGCCCUUUCUCGCCUCUUCUUUGGAAAGGGGAGGGUUCCCCU